AUGCCCUUGAAGAUCAUAGUGGUUGGUGCUGGUCUUGCCGGUCUAGGCGCAGCCAUUGCAUUGAACCGACAAGGUCAUGACAUUGAGAUCCUCGAACAAUCUGGCUUCCUGAAUGAAGUAGGAGCUGCAAUCCACAUGGCGCCUAAUGCCACGCGCAUCCUCAAGGACUGGGGAUGCAACUUGGAGAACCUGCAGCCCGUCCAUUGCAACAAACUGCGGUUGUGGGAUCACCAAGGAAACCUUAUCCGGACACCAGUGGUGACCAAGGAUGCUCAGGAAGCACUGGGCAUCUACGAUGAGUGGUUACUCACACACAGAGUGGAUUUGCACAAUACUCUUAGGGAUAUGGCUGCCAAGGAGGUCAAUGGCAAGAAGCCUACCAUUCAUCUGCGUUCUCGUGUAGCUUCGGUGGAUCCUGAGGCUGGAGUGGUAACCCUCGAGGACGGUACCAAGUUCACUGGCGACUUGGUCAUUGGGGCGGAUGGCAUUCAUUCUCGGUGUGUUAGCAGUGUCAUCGGUGGACCUACGCAGAAGGAAAGCACGGGGCAGAACUGCUUUCGCUUUCUCAUCCCUGUUUCCAAGAUGAAAAGCAACCCUCUUACUGCCUCUCUUUUGGAAAAGAUGGGAUCGGACGCUGUGGACGUGUUCGCGUCGGAGGAUCGGCGACUAGUUGUCUACCCUUGUCGUCACGGCGACCUGCUCAAUGUCGCUGCUAUUCAUCCUUCGGGCGCCGACUCUAGCGCUAGAGAGUCGUCUUGGCUCGACAGUGGCAACUUGGAUUCGUUGCUUGAAACAUGCAGUGCAUUCAGUCCGGAAGUACGCGAGAUGUGUAAAUUGGCAGAGGACCUGAAGCUCUGGAGCUUGGCGUCUCGUUCUCCGCCGCGCACAUUCAUACGUGGCAAACUAGCACUCAUUGGAGAUGCAGCCCACCCAACCCUACCUCACCAGGGCCAAGGCGGCGCACAGAGUUUCGAAGACGGGGCAGCUCUAGGCGCCCUGUUCACUCCCGAAUGUACCAAAGAUGAUAUCCCGGGUAGACUAGAACUGUACAACAAGGUACGCUAUGGGCGAUCGGUAACGGUGAUGAUGAUGUCCAAGGUCAGCGACGAUCGCCGGGGCCAGAUGUUAGACGAGUUGAGGACCUAUGUGCCCGAUGCCGAGUUGCCUCCGGACAUGUUUUCCUACACCUGGAGUUCGUACCCCGGUCGAGAAGCUCAACAGCUUCUUCAGGCUACUCAAGUGAGCGCCUAG